AUGGCGUCCUUCUUCCCGUCAUUUACAAGCUCUAGCAUGCCCAAGCGGCUGCUGCGGUAUGCGUUGUCGCGCCUGGAGCUGCUGGAUGCCGACGCGCUGAAUCUUGACAACCUCGACCUUGCACUCGGAAAGAAUACCGUUCUGGAGUUUCGAGAUGUUGGAGUCAAACUGGAUAAACUCCAGAAGCUGCUCAGCCUCCCGCCCGCCUUUAUCCUCCAGAAGUCCAAAGUUCUGUUGCUUCGAGUUACUAUACCCAUGGACUUUUAUAGCAGUCCCAUCGUCGUUGACGUGGAUGGUGUCGAUGUGCAGCUCAAAGUCCUCGCUCUCGACCGGACGCCGACCCAUACGACUGCAACAACCGACACUGUACCGAGUGCCGUGGAUCUCGCACAGUCUUUCCUCGACACUGAGUCUCCAGCCGAGCGCCGCAAGCUGCAAGACGCCCUAGAUGCCGAAUCGCAAGAUCUCGGAGCGUCAGUUUCCAUGAGCGAGGACGGAAGCGAGGAAGGAUCCCCCACAGGUACAGGCCAGGCGCUAUCUCUGCCUUUGUUCCUUGCCGACUUUCUGCAGGGCAUACUCGACCGUAUGCAGGUCAGGAUCAGUGGAGUCAACUUUCAGCUGCACAUGGAGACGCCGACCGAGCUCGGAUCUAACCGCUUGGAACAAGUUACGUUCCAAAUUUCCCUUGACAGCAUAGACAUUGAAGGAGUCACCACGCCAUCUUCCGCGGCUAGCGAUGCGCCCAAGAUCGUCCCCAAGGAGGGCAAACGCCACAUCUCUAUAGACAAUAUCCAGGCAUUCUUAAUAUCAGAGGCCAACAUCUUCCCGACCCUCUCACGGUCUCCUUCGAUGCUCUCGCCGUCGUCAACGUCGUCGCCGUUCAUGACCCGCAAUCCGCCCUCAAGAGAGCCUUCUGAUAUACCCCAAUCCAUGCUUCAGUCACAGCAGUCCAUCAAUCUUGAGCAGAGCUUCAGGGAACAUCUUACCGAGGAGGCUGAAAUCACCGAGUCUGACAAUCCCCUUGGAGACAGUGAAGACGCCUUGGCUAUUCCUUACGAGUUGGAGACAAACGACGACGAAAAUCCCGCCACCCCUAGAGCCUCCAUUUACCACGAUUUCGGAGACUCAAUGCAUUCCGACAGCGAUGAAGAGCCUGCAUUUUCAGUUGCCAACUCUCAGCGAAUAGAAACAUCGCAGUCGUCAACUUAUAUGACACCCUCGGGAUUCAUGCGAGAAUUGCCUUUCCGUCCUGCGAGUAUCCAAAUGCAACCGUCUGGUCUUGGUUCAGACAAAUCGCAGUCCGAUGACCUAGAAGAGUCGCGUCUCUAUAGCCACGAGGAAGCUGAAAGCAUGUACAUGAGUGCUUUUUCGCACGGUGUUGCGCAGUCACAAGUAGUGCAGGAGAUGGCGGAGCCCAUCACACCACUUGAAGUGCUCGAACAGAGCGCCGAAGAUGUUGUUGCCCGCAAAGCAGAAUUUGUGGUUUCACUUGAACCGUUGCAGUCUGAGACCAAGUCAGAAGUGGAAGUUCUUUCUGGCAAGGCAGAAAAUGAGCCUGAUGACAAGGUAGAACUGGUGUCCGAAGAGCUGCGGCAACCGUUCGCAGAUAUUACGUCUAUGCCCGGUGCGUGGGGCGAAGAGUCAGCUUGUGAACCAGGGCAAGACACCCCUGAGGCUACCGUAACGGCUGCUGCUCUACCUGAGCCCAUUCACGAGAACGUUGCAGAGUCAGCCCCCAAGAAGGCCCCUGCAGGCGAGCCAGAAAGUAUUGGCGAUGACAAUAUUGCACCAGAGGAUGCACCAACACCAAUGGGACCAACCAAAGUCGUUAAGAAGAUUCUCGAGCUUGAGAAGCUGUCUAUAUAUGUGCCAUCUUCGCACCGGCAUAUUGAAAUCCAUACGACGGGCGACGAAUCCACGCCGCAUCUCGCCGCAUCGAUGACUCGGUCUAUCUACCCCCAGGCUCCUGGAGCCUUCUCGGUACAACUUCCCGAAUCUCAGACGGCAAAGAAAGAAACCACGGCGACGCAGCUCGAUGACACACUAGAAAUUGUCAUGUCACCAAUGACAAUCAACUUCGACGCUUCCAUCGCAUUCCUGCUUUAUAUGAUCACCACAAAGCUGCUCAGCUCCGUCACAACCGAUGCCCCGCAAAAGACGUCGCGAUGUGCUACCAAGAAAGACGAAAAAGGAAACCGGCAGUCACCAAUCAAAAUUUCCCUCAAGCAGCUUUCUCUCAACUUUUUGAAUCAUCUGAGUGGCAUUGCAGAUACCGCUGAUAGGUUCCUGGACCCCUCUGCCUUUGACUUCAGACAGGAGGUCUUGCUCAAUUUGACACUGAAAAACCUGGCUGUGUCAAGGACUGUGGCCUCGCCCGCGUCCUCGAAAAUUACAAACGCUAUUUCGUAUGAAACCACAAUUGCGCUUGAACGGCUUCGUCUUGGGUAUGCGGACGGCGAUAUCAUCUCGUUUGAGGGUGGCAAGUCGAUGAGCACUUCUAUGCGCGAUACAUUCUUGUCGGCUGGCAGUGAUCUUGCGAUCAAAAUUCUAGAGUCUCCAGAAGGCAUUCGCACGGAAGUGGAAACUCUAGCGCUUGUAUUUCAGCUGGAGCUACAACGCCUGGACGAGACAUUUAGCUGGUUUGGUGGUCUGAGCAGCUUUCUUAACAUGAGCGCCUCGAUAACGUCGAGCACGCCGCCUUUUAAGACGCCGCCCACACCGCAGAUGAAGCCUCGCGGCGUGCGCUUCGAUACACCAAUUUAUCCGGAGGACAAGUCGGUGGCGUCUAGCAACAAGCUCAACGUUCGGAUUGGCGGCACUCGUAUCAAUAUUCUCGGCAGGGAGUGCAGUAUCUCAUUGGAAAGCAACGCCUUCAAAAUUGUCAGCAGAGAUGAAGGCAUUGGCAUUACAUGCAACCGCAUUCGAGUAUCUGGCCCCUACAUUAAAGGCUCCGAGGCGGAACCUGCUAUCAAUACGGAGAUCAGCGGUAUUCGUCUAGAAUUCUUGACUGCGCCGAAUAAUUCAGAUUUGGAGAAGCUGCUCGAGCUCAUCAUCCCGUCUAAGGUCAAGUAUGACCAUACAACUGACGAAAUUAUGGUCGAUACACUGCUACGACAGCGUCGGAAGGGCUCUGUGCUCCGGGCCGCUGUAGAUGUCGUCAGCUUCCGCAUCAAAAAUAUUGGCCAAAUGGCAGUGCUGCCCAACCUGGCCGAGGAACUUGCUAAGCUAUCUACCGUUGCCAAGUACCUGCCCGAAGAUGACCGGCCGGGUCUGCUCACCCUGGGAAAGAUCCAACGUAUCAGCGGCAGUGUCGACGUCGGUGGUGCUCUUGGCUCCUUCACUGGCGGAAUUGAAGAGUUGGAAGUUAGUCAUAUCACGCUCCCCUCGCUCGUUGCCUUGUCUGUCGGCGGUGUCUCUGUCAGCAGAAACAAAAUGGAGGAGCUGGUCAAGUGCACGCCAUUUACCGCCUCACAAGAAAUACCAAGUCGCGGGCCUGUCUUCAUGGCUCGGAUAAUUGGCGACGAGAUUGAACCGACUAUCAAGUUGAAGCUCCGAUAUCUUGUUGUUGAAUACCGUGUGCACACGAUCAUGGACCUGCUUGGUCUCGGCGAGGACACCACUCCACAAGAAUUUGAUGAUUCACUCGCAGCCUCAGUAGCAAACCUGGGCGACCAGACUCACUCGGCAUUGGCUCGUCAGCCUCAGUCACCCAGUCAGUCAUCCAAAGGAGCGAAACCAACGAAGCUGGACAUUGCCUUUUCUGACUGCCUGAUCGGCCUCAACCCAUUGAACCUGCCGUCGAAGCUCACGAUUGCUCUGACCGACGCUCACUUGGAUGUUAUGCUGCCCAAGGACAAUCAGAUGAGAGCCUCAUUCAAUAUUAACAAGGCAUCCCUCCUCCUUAUCGAUGACUUAUCAACCGCUAUUGACGAGCCUGCACCUGUCAAGAUCAAGCGACCAACAUCAUCCGUCACAUCUGCCCUUGUUACGGACAUGUGCUCCAUGGGAUAUGUAGAUAUCUGCUACAUUUCCUCGGCCAUGGUUGUGGUCAAAGUUGCUCCAGGCGAAGAUGGUGGGCAACAGGUGGCUGUGGAUCUUAGAGAUGACUUGCUUGUUCUGGAGACCUGCGCCGACUCUACUCAGACGCUGAUCACGCUCGCGAACGCUUUGAAGCCUCCGACACCACCGAGCAAGGAGAACAAGUAUAGGACCAAUGUUGUGCCGGUCCAGGAUCUCCUGGCCUCAAUAUCUGCGGAAGCAUUCGGUAGAUCCGAAGGCGAUUAUGACUUUGACCAGGACUUUGCUGGUGCGCAAGAGUUGGCUGGCAGCGUUUCGGAUGCCGGCGGGAGCGAGACUUCGUUCCCCGUCGACUCACAGUACUACGGCACUGCAUCGACGGGCGAGGAGCUGUUUGAUGCCACUAAGAGCAUGCUAUCCGAGGGCACUCGAAUGGAAGAAACCACCGAAGGCGUUCUACUCACUGGGUUUGAUCCGACCAUUAGUCAGGGCUCGGUGGAUAGCGAAGAGCUCGAGAUACACGACAAUUUUUAUGGUCAAGACGCUGCUGGUGAGCAGGCUGCCAAGGUCUGGAACUCGUCAAAAAACACAUACGAUAGUGCGCCUUCCACGCUUGUCAAAUGCAGUCCCGUCAAGGUCUCAGCGCGAGACGUUCAUGUCAUCUGGAAUCUGUUUGAUGGGUACGACUGGCAGCACACUCGGGACACCAUCAGCAAAGCCGUGCAAGAAGUUGAGAACAGAGCCAUGGAGCGUCAAUCUCGUACUAUCAGCGCGCAGAUUCAGGAGGAGGAAUUUGACGAUGGCGAAGCUAUUGGCGACUUUCUAUUCAACUCGAUUUAUAUCGGCAUUCCUGCGAAUCGCGACCCCCAAGAACUGUCCAGAGCAAUUAAUGAGGGGCUCAACGACGCCGCGACUGAGACCGAGUCAGUUGCUACCACGGCCUUUACUACAACGACUAGCCGUGGUAUACGACGCCAGCAACACAAGCCCAAGCGUCUGCGGCUUAGCAGAAGCAAACACCACAAGGUCACAUUUGAGCUACAAGGUGUGAACGCGGAUCUUGUGGUGUAUCCUCCAGGAUCUGGCGAAACACAGAGCAGCAUUGAUCUUCGUGUGCAGAACCUGGACAUUUUUGAUCACAUCCAUACGUCUACGUGGCGAAAGUUUGCCACAUAUGACCAAGAUCAAGGCGAGCGUGAGAUGGGUACCAGUAUGGUGCACCUUGAAGUUUUGAAUGUCAAGCCGAUUCUAGAGCUUGCAGCUGCGGAAAUCGUUCUCAGGGCUACGCUCUUGCCAUUGCGGCUGCAUGUUGAUCAGGAUGCGCUCGACUUCAUCACACGAUUCUUUGAAUUCAAGGACGACAAGGUGCCGGUACACGCUUCACCCAGCGACGUACCGUUUGUCCAGCGAGCCGAGAUUAACAACGUAUCGGUAAAGCUCGAUUUCAAGCCCAAGCGCGUCGACUAUGCGGGACUCCGAUCAGGACACACCACCGAAUUUAUGAAUUUCAUCGUCCUGGAAGAAUCUCGCAUGAUUCUGCGCCAUGUUAUCCUCUACGGCGUGUCUGGAUUUGAUCGUCUUGGUAAGAUGCUGAAUGACAUUUGGAUGCCUGAUGUGCGGACAAAUCAGCUACCUGGAGUGAUUGCUGGACUGGCACCUGUGCGGUCGCUUGUUAAUAUAGGCAGUGGCUUCAAGGACUUGGUCGAGAUUCCGAUUCGCGAGUACCAAAAGGAUGGACGAGUUUUCAGAAGCAUCUCCAAAGGCGCGACAGCAUUUGCACGGACUACUGGUACAGAAAUUGUCAAAUUGGGAGCCAAGCUUGCUGUAGGCACACAAUACGCCUUGCUCGGGGCCGAAGACAUGCUCGCGGAGAAGCGCACAGACGAAGGCAACUGGGAUGACGAUGAAUUGGAUGAGGAAGAAAAGAAGCAAAUCUCACUCUACGCUGACCAACCCACCGGCGUCCUCCAAGGAAUUCGAGGAGGAUAUCGAUCACUGGCGCGUGACGUCAAUUUGGCGAGAGAUGCCAUCAUUGCCGUGCCAGGGGAGGUGAUGGAAAAUGCGUCGGCGGCGGGCGUCGCCAAGGUCAUGCUGAAGCGGGCGCCGACUAUUAUUUUCCGCCCGGCCGUCGGCGUCACGAAGGUAAUCGGGCAGACGCUCAUGGGUGCCACCAACGCGAUGGAUCCGAAUAACCGAAGGAGAAUUGACGAGAAAUACAAGCACUGA